AUGCUCUCGUCCACGGCCACAACGUUCCAGCGUCUCAAAUCGCUCUCCUGCUAUGGGCUGAUCGCCUCCUCGCUCCCGCUCGCCGCGGCGACCGAGCUCGCGCGGGCAUACAGCCACGGACAACCCAUGCCCGUAACCUGUCUGAACCGGACCAUCGACUCGGGCGAACACAUAACCGACAGCCUCGGCAAGCUGCAGUACAUCCCCUUCCCAACCUGCAACGAGACCUUCCUCCCGCUCGCGCUCCGCUACGGCGUCACCGAAACAAUCAACUGCACCAUCGCCUCCCUCCCGGACGAACUGUACCACCUGCUCGAGUACUACGUGCACUCGGACGUGCCCAUGUCCUGCCGCGUGCCCACCGGCCCCCUGACGGCCGACGGCCACAUCCCGGACCCCUUCAAACGCCGACACAGAGGGCACCGAGCUGGCGGAUCUGCGCGACCCGGACGGCCCGCCCGCAGCCAUCUGCACAUCUGGACGGACAUGAACGUGCUGGCGCACAACAUCGCCGCGGCACCGGCGACCGGCAAGACGAAGAGCAAGUCCAAGGGGAAGGGGAAGACGAAAGUGCCGCCCGGCUACGUCGUGGCUGGCACGGCGUACUCCGUGCCCGAGUUCGACGUCGCGGCGAUGCGAAAGAUCCAGACGGGCCGCAGCGAUGAGGAGACGGCUGUUGCGGAGGCGGCGCGCGAGCCCUGGACCGCCGAGCACGGCACUAAGGUUGUGCGCGGCGAGCCGCUGACGUUUACGUUCCAUGUGAGCUGGAUUGAGGGUGGCCGGGGCAUUGGGUGGCCGUCGGCGGCGGGAGAGGCGCAGGGGGCGAGCGUGGGCGGCGUCUUUGCGCGGCUGUUCUUAUUCGUGAUGGUGGGCGGCGUGGGCGGCGUGCUGGCGCUGUAUUGGGAGCGCACGCGGCGGCGCGGAUGGCGCGGGGAUGCCAUCCUCGGCGUGCCGUCCCGGGGUAAGGGGUCGGUGGGCAUCUCGUACGGCAAUGGCGGGAAGACGAAUGGGUAUGGGUAUGGCGGUACGGGCUAUGGACUUGGGCUUGCGCCACCGCUGCAUGCGCAGGUCCUUGCGCAUCUGGCCGCGCCGUACAUGGAACCGCUGCUGGUUGGCCUGCUGCUUGACGCGGUUGGCGUUGCAGGUGAUCUGGAGGGUGCGCAGGGCGGCGGCGAGGUCGGUGCCCUUCUCCGGCUCGACGUGCACCUGGCGGCCCAGCGACGGGCCCAGCUUCAGCUCAACCCGCCGCACGGCCGGGCGGUAGUUGUCCGUGCCGGCGGACAUGCCGACGGCGCGGCCGAGCGAGAGCGCGUCGCCGAACACGCUCUGCCGCGAGCCGCUGGCGUUGCCGGGCUGCUGCGGUGCGGACGGCUCCGAGGAUGCGGCGGUGUUGCUGAUGUUGAGCUUGCUGAGGAUCUGGUCGAAGUCGGAGUUGCAACCUCGCUUAUCUUCGCGACAUACAAAAUGUCCUCCAUCACCAUCGCGACGCUCCCCCGCCUGAGCCGGGAUGCGCUCUCGACCAUGUUGCUUGCCAGUGCGCCGUCGAAGCUGGCCAUCAUUGAUGUCCGCGAUUCAGAUCACGUCGGCGGCCACAUCUACUCCUCCACCUGGGUGCCCAGCUCGUCGCUCGACUACCGUCUGCCGGAGCUGAUCCGCACGUUGCAGGACAAGGAGAAGGUCGUCUUCCACUGCGCGCUGAGCCAGCAGCGCGGGCCGUCGGCGGCGCUGCGGUACGCCCGCGAGCGGGAGCGUGUGCUGGGCCCUGAGGAGAGCAAGAAGCAGGAGGUGUAUGUGCUCGAGGGCGGGUUCGUCCAGUGGCAGGAGAAGUACGGCAAGGAUGAGCGGUUGACCGAGGCGUAUGUCGAGGAUAUCUGGCGGGAGUAUUGA